AUGGCCAGGCAAGGAAAAGAAGGCAAGGAAAAGAAGGCAAGGAAAAGAAGGCAAGGAAAAGAAGGCAAGGAAAAGAAGGCAAGGAAAAGAAGGCAAGGAAAAGAAGGCAAGGAAAAGAAGGCAAGGAAAAGAAGGCAAGGAAAAGAAGGCAAGGAAAAGAAGGCAAGGAAAAGAAGGCAAGGAAAAGAAGGCAAGGAAAAGAAGGCAAGGAAAAGAAGGCAAGGAAAAGAAGGCAAGGAAAAGAAGGCAAGGAAAAGAAGGCAAGGAAAAGAAGGCAAGGAAAAGAAGGCAAGGAAAAGAAGGCAAGGAAAAGAAGGCAAGGAAAAGAAGGCAAGGAAAAGAAGGCAAGGAAAAGAAGGCAAGGAAAAGAAGGCAAGGAAAAGAAGGCAAGGAAAAGAAGGCAAGGAAAAGAAGGCAAGGAAAAGAAGGCAAGGAAAAGAAGGCAAGGAAAAGAAGGCAAGGAAAAGAAGGCAAGGAAAAGAAGGCAAGGAAAAGAAGGCAAGGAAAAGAAGGCAAGGAAAAGAAGGCAAGGAAAAGAAGGCAAGGAAAAGAAGGCAAGGAAAAGAAGGCAAGGAAAAGAAGGCAAGGAAAAGAAGGCAAGGAAAAGAAGGCAAGGAAAAGAAGGCAAGGAAAAGAAGGCAAGGAAAAGAAGGCAAGGAAAAGAAGGCAAGGAAAAGAAGGCAAGGAAAAGAAGGCAAGGAAAAGAAGGCAAGGAAAAGAAGGCAAGGAAAAGAAGGCAAGGAAAAGAAGGCAAGGAAAAGAAGGCAAGGAAAAGAAGGCAAGGAAAAGAAGGCAAGGAAAAGAAGGCAAGGAAAAGAAGGCAAGGAAAAGAAGGCAAGGAAAAGAAGGCAAGGAAAAGAAGGCAAGGAAAAGAAGGCAAGGAAAAGAAGGCAAGGAAAAGAAGGCAAGGAAAAGAAGGCAAGGAAAAGAAGGCAAGGAAAAGAAGGCAAGGAAAAGAAGGCAAGGAAAAGAAGGCAAGGAAAAGAAGGCAAGGAAAAGAAGGCAAGGAAAAGAAGGCAAGGAAAAGAAGGCAAGGAAAAGAAGGCAAGGAAAAGAAGGCAAGGAAAAGAAGGCAAGGAAAAGAAGGCAAGGAAAAGAAGGCAAGGAAAAGAAGGCAAGGAAAAGAAGGCAAGGAAAAGAAGGCAAGGAAAAGAAGGCAAGGAAAAGAAGGCAAGGAAAAGAAGGCAAGGAAAAGAAGGCAAGGAAAAGAAGGCAAGGAAAAGAAGGCAAGGAAAAGAAGGCAAGGAAAAGAAGGCAAGGAAAAGAAGGCAAGGAAAAGAAGGCAAGGAAAAGAAGGCAAGGAAAAGAAGGCAAGGAAAAGAAGGCAAGGAAAAGAAGGCAAGGAAAAGAAGGCAAGGAAAAGAAGGCAAGGAAAAGAAGGCAAGGAAAAGAAGGCAAGGAAAAGAAGGCAAGGAAAAGAAGGCAAGGAAAAGAAGGCAAGGAAAAGAAGGCAAGGAAAAGAAGGCAAGGAAAAGAAGGCAAGGAAAAGAAGGCAAGGAAAAGAAGGCAAGGAAAAGAAGGCAAGGAAAAGAAGGCAAGGAAAAGAAGGCAAGGAAAAGAAGGCAAGGAAAAGAAGGCAAGGAAAAGAAGGCAAGGAAAAGAAGGCAAGGAAAAGAAGGCAAGGAAAAGAAGGCAAGGAAAAGAAGGCAAGGAAAAGAAGGCAAGGAAAAGAAGGCAAGGAAAAGAAGGCAAGGAAAAGAAGGCAAGGAAAAGAAGGCAAGGAAAAGAAGGCAAGGAAAAGAAGGCAAGGAAAAGAAGGCAAGGAAAAGAAGGCAAGGAAAAGAAGGCAAGGAAAAGAAGGCAAGGAAAAGAAGGCAAGGAAAAGAAGGCAAGGAAAAGAAGGCAAGGAAAAGAAGGCAAGGAAAAGAAGGCAAGGAAAAGAAGGCAAGGAAAAGAAGGCAAGGAAAAGAAGGCAAGGAAAAGAAGGCAAGGAAAAGAAGGCAAGGAAAAGAAGGCAAGGAAAAGAAGGCAAGGAAAAGAAGGCAAGGAAAAGAAGGCAAGGAAAAGAAGGCAAGGAAAAGAAGGCAAGGAAAAGAAGGCAAGGAAAAGAAGGCAAGGAAAAGAAGGCAAGGAAAAGAAGGCAAGGAAAAGAAGGCAAGGAAAAGAAGGCAAGGAAAAGAAGGCAAGGAAAAGAAGGCAAGGAAAAGAAGGCAAGGAAAAGAAGGCAAGGAAAAGAAGGCAAGGAAAAGAAGGCAAGGAAAAGAAGGCAAGGAAAAGAAGGCAAGGAAAAGAAGGCAAGGAAAAGAAGGCAAGGAAAAGAAGGCAAGGAAAAGAAGGCAAGGAAAAGAAGGCAAGGAAAAGAAGGCAAGGAAAAGAAGGCAAGGAAAAGAAGGCAAGGAAAAGAAGGCAAGGAAAAGAAGGCAAGGAAAAGAAGGCAAGGAAAAGAAGGCAAGGAAAAGAAGGCAAGGAAAAGAAGGCAAGGAAAAGAAGGCAAGGAAAAGAAGGCAAGGAAAAGAAGGCAAGGAAAAGAAGGCAAGGAAAAGAAGGCAAGGAAAAGAAGGCAAGGAAAAGAAGGCAAGGAAAAGAAGGCAAGGAAAAGAAGGCAAGGAAAAGAAGGCAAGGAAAAGAAGGCAAGGAAAAGAAGGCAAGGAAAAGAAGGCAAGGAAAAGAAGGCAAGGAAAAGAAGGCAAGGAAAAGAAGGCAAGGAAAAGAAGGCAAGGAAAAGAAGGCAAGGAAAAGAAGGCAAGGAAAAGAAGGCAAGGAAAAGAAGGCAAGGAAAAGAAGGCAAGGAAAAGAAGGCAAGGAAAAGAAGGCAAGGAAAAGAAGGCAAGGAAAAGAAGGCAAGGAAAAGAAGGCAAGGAAAAGAAGGCAAGGAAAAGAAGGCAAGGAAAAGAAGGCAAGGAAAAGAAGGCAAGGAAAAGAAGGCAAGGAAAAGAAGGCAAGGAAAAGAAGGCAAGGAAAAGAAGGCAAGGAAAAGAAGGCAAGGAAAAGAAGGCAAGGAAAAGAAGGCAAGGAAAAGAAGGCAAGGAAAAGAAGGCAAGGAAAAGAAGGCAAGGAAAAGAAGGCAAGGAAAAGAAGGCAAGGAAAAGAAGGCAAGGAAAAGAAGGCAAGGAAAAGAAGGCAAGGAAAAGAAGGCAAGGAAAAGAAGGCAAGGAAAAGAAGGCAAGGAAAAGAAGGCAAGGAAAAGAAGGCAAGGAAAAGAAGGCAAGGAAAAGAAGGCAAGGAAAAGAAGGCAAGGAAAAGAAGGCAAGGAAAAGAAGGCAAGGAAAAGAAGGCAAGGAAAAGAAGGCAAGGAAAAGAAGGCAAGGAAAAGAAGGCAAGGAAAAGAAGGCAAGGAAAAGAAGGCAAGGAAAAGAAGGCAAGGAAAAGAAGGCAAGGAAAAGAAGGCAAGGAAAAGAAGGCAAGGAAAAGAAGGCAAGGAAAAGAAGGCAAGGAAAAGAAGGCAAGGAAAAGAAGGCAAGGAAAAGAAGGCAAGGAAAAGAAGGCAAGGAAAAGAAGGCAAGGAAAAGAAGGCAAGGAAAAGAAGGCAAGGAAAAGAAGGCAAGGAAAAGAAGGCAAGGAAAAGAAGGCAAGGAAAAGAAGGCAAGGAAAAGAAGGCAAGGAAAAGAAGGCAAGGAAAAGAAGGCAAGGAAAAGAAGGCAAGGAAGACAGUGA